AGGGUUGCCUCUGAUGGAAGUAUGUUUUUGUACAAUAUUAAAUCAAGUGAUGCAGGAGAGUAUACAUGUAAAAACAGGGUGUCAAGGGAGAACAGGAUGAUUAUUAGAAUGAAUAUACUCCCUGGAGAUCUCAAUACCAGCUCAACAUCAAUAAGACCAGCUGUACAGUUGAUUCAGGCAGAGUCAAGUACAGGUGUGCCAGGGUUAUUAGGGAGGAAUGGAAACAGUGCGAACCAGGUCUCAUACCAAGAGGAUGUGAUUUUUGCUGAGAAAAAUUAUUAUCAAGAGGAUAUAGAAGAGAACUCUGUGAGGCAUGAAACAGAUCUAUCCUAUGAUGUCUCUGAGGCUAAAGCUGGAGAUCAAUUUGUUCUAAUAUCUUUAGAGGAAGCUAGACGUACAGUUGACAAAGCUUUGAACAGUACAGUAAACCUACUCUUUCACUACCAGGAACAUACUUACAGAACACCACACCAGCUGUUGAAUAUAUUCCGGUAUCCUUCUAAUAAUGAUAGAGAACUAGCCAGGGCGGGAGAAAUAUAUCACAGAACCUUGGAUUUGGUUGAGGCAAAGGUUCGAGAAGGAGGGAAGUACAAUCUUACUCAGUUUACAGUACACCAGCUCAUUUCUCCAGCAAAUAUAGAGCUUAUCGGUAACUUGUCUGGAUGCGAGACUAUACGACAGCACCUUGAUUGUGAAGAUGUUUGCUUUCAUAAUAGGUUUCGAUCAGCUGAUGGUAGUUGUAAUAACUGGUCUAACCCUAGCUGGGGUUCAUCUCUAACACCGUUCCGUCGAGUUCUCCCCCCGCAGUAUGAAAAUGGAUUCAACACCCCUAUAGGGUUUGAUCGUGACAAGAUGUAUAAUGGAUUUAAAAAGCCAGGAGCAAGACUGGUAUCUUCUAAACUAAUUUCCACAAAGAAAGUGACUCCUGAUCCCAGAUUGACAAGUAUGGUGAUGCAGUGGGGACAGUUUCUUGAUCAUGAUCUUGAUCACUCCAUGGAAUCAGUCAGUAGGGAAACUUUUGGAACAGGUCAGACCUGUAGUGGUACUUGUGAAAAUAAUCCUCCCUGCUUCCCUAUCCCUGUCCCUGACAACGAUACAAGGAUAAAAACACACAAAUGUAUAGAGUUCACACGGAGCAGUGCAUCUUGCGGUUCAGGAACAACCUCGGUAUUUUUUGAGAAAUUACAGCAGCGGGAGCAGGUCAAUCAGCUUACAGCAUUUAUAGAUGCUUCACAGGUGUACGGGAAUGGACGAACUCUGGCACUAAACUUAAGAAACCAGACAAACAAUUUUGGUCGAUUGAGGGAGGGUGUUGCAUAUGAACAUGGUAAACCCCUUCUACCAUACAAUGAUCAGCAUCCAAUAGACUGCAGGCGGGAUCCCCGAGAGUCUUCUAUUGGUUGUUUUCUGGCUGGAGAUGUGAGGGCUAAUGAACAGCUGGGACUCAUCUCCAUUCAUACUCUCUGGUUCAGAGAACAUAAUAGGAUCGUAGAUAAUCUGAGAGACCUGAACCCGUUCUGGGAUGGGGAUCGGUUGUAUGAGGAGGGAAGGAAGAUAGUCUGGGCGUCAAUGCAACAUAUUACAUUUAAACAUUGGCUUCCCUUCAUUAUAGGAGAAAGAGGAAUGAGAAGGUUGGGGCAAUACCAGGAAUAUGAUGCAGGAUUGGAUCCCUCAAUAUCAAACUGGUACUAUACCUCAGGUUCCAUUCCAGGUACUAUACCUCAGGUUCUAUUCCAGGUACUAUACCUCAAGUUCUAUUCCAGGUACUAUACCUCAGGUUCUAUUCCAGGUACUAUAUACCUCAGGUUCUAUUCCAGGUACUAUACCUCAGGUUAUAUUCCAGGUACUAUACCUCAGGUUCUAUUCCAGGUACUAUAUACCUCAGGUUCUAUUCCAGAAGGAGAUUUAUCCCUACAUCAGGCUUUCUUUUCUCCUUGGAGAAUUGUGGAAGAAGGAGGGAUUGACCCAAUUUUAAGAGGUCUUUACCACUCACCAGCAAAGAUGCCAAUGCCAGAGCAGGGUAUGAAUUCAGAUCUUACGGAAAAGCUGUUUCAGGUCGCGCAUACAGUUGCCCUGGAUCUAGCUGCCUUGAAUAUACAGCGAGGAAGGGAUCACGGUAUUCCACCGUACACUGAUUGGGUUAAAUAUUGUGGACUGGGUAGUAUUAAUACUUGGGAGGAUAUGUCUACUCUUAUCAAGGAUGUUGAGGUACUAAAUCAGUUAAAGGAACUUUAUGGCCAUCCUGGAAACAUAGAUCUAUUUGUUGGUAGUAUUAUGGAGAAUCUAGAAGAGGAUGGACGUGUUGGACCAACUAUCAAAUGUCUACUUAUUGAACAGUUUCAUAGGCUUAGAUCAGCAGAUAGGUAAUAUUAUGUACAGGGUUAUCCACAAAGAAUAAAACUUUAG